AUGGAAGAAGACAAGACGAUAGAAGAGAAUGUUGACAUAUUUCUGAGGCUCAUUGCAGAUUUGGACAGUCUCAAGGUUAGUAUCUCAGAUGAAGACCAUGCCAUACAGCUCUUGUCAGGACUUCCAGCAGCAUAUGAACCAUUGGUUCACACUCUCCAGUACGGGUCUGGAAAGGAGACGCUUACAGUGAAUGAAGUAGUUACUUCAGCCUAUUCUAAAGAAGCUGAACUUAGGCAAAAGGGAUUACUCAAUAAAAGUAGGCAGGUUGCGGAGGGUUUGUAUGUUGAGUCAAGAGGAAGAUCAGAUAAGCAGGGAGGAAGUCCUAAGAACAAGAGCAGGUCAAAGUCAAAACAGAAGUUUGAUAAGAACAACACAGGUUGUUUUAUUUGUGGAUCAGAAGAUCACUGGAAAAGGGAAUGUCCAGAAAGGAAGAAGCCGCCUAAUUCUGCAAAUAUUGCAGUGGAACCUAAACAACCGAUAGUGUUAACUGUUAGCACUCAAGACUCAAAGAAGGAAUGGGUUAUGGACUCAGCCAUCACUUAUGGUAACAUCAAAGGAAUAGGGAAGAUUCGGAUUCAGAAUCCAGAUGGUUCUGAGGUGAUACUUAGGGAUGUAAAAUACAUACCGGAGGUGAGUAGGAAUCUUAUUUCUUACGGGAUGUUAGAAAGAUCAGGUUGUAGAUAUGAAGGAAGAAACUUCAAGGUUCGGUUCUACAAAGGCGGGAAGAAGGCAAUCUCAGGAAAAUACAAGGAUGGAUUGUAUUAUCUUGAAGGCAAGGUCUCUAAGAAUGAAGAGAACAAUUCUGGAGUUGAGAAGGAAGUUAGACAGGAAAGGUCAAAGAAAGUGACUUUUGGUCAGAAUCUGGUUCAGGAAGCAACUCCUAAUGGUUUGGAAAAAGAUGAUUCAUUAGCUCAAGGUGGAGAUUCUAAAGAAACUGAAUCUAAAGAGAGCAAUGAAGAAUCUGGGAUAAAAGAGCUUGAGGUGGAAGGCUUGGAAAAGGUUUCUAAGAUAUUGGGAAUGGGGAUCUUCGGAGAUAGAGCUAAGGAAGAAGAAACUCUAUCUAAGAUUUAUUCCAAUGAAGAGAAAGAAGAUUUUCCAAGUAAAGCAGUACCUGGACAAAAGCUUCAGGUUUGCUGCAAGUUUCCAAGCUUAAACUGA